AUGAACGCAUUUCAGCAACAUUUUACGUCUUCUCCUUCAGAUACUUUAAAUACCAACUUGAAUGCACCUCCAACUCCACUCAAGAGAACUCGUGCAAAGAGAAGCUGUGAUUUCUGUCGCAAAAGAAAGUCUCGAUGCGAUGCUGAUGCUUCUACGCCUUGUUCUAAUUGUAAAGCUUGGGGAUACUCAUGCGAAUUCCAGACCGUACGAAAGAAGAGAGGGCCUCCUAGUGUCUAUGUAGAUAAUCUCGAAAAGAAAUGCAAAAAGAUGGAAUCACUUUUAUCAGCCCUCACAAAUUGCUCCAUCAAAGAUCUCGAGCGAAACGAUUUUCAAUAUGCUGGACAUGUACAACCGUCAUCACCGCCCAACGCAAGCGACAGUUCCUCAGACGAAGAAGAAGAAGACUUUGAGCAGGGUUUUGAUCCACUCCACGAAACAACCAAGGACUAUGAUUCCCUCAAAUACACUGGUCAAUCCUCUGCAGGUAUCAAAUUAUUCAACAACGAUGUCUUCAAAUUUCAAUCCUCCGUUCCUUGGCCUGGCAGAGAAAACAUUGUACUGAAAUUAAUGGCUCAUGAUGAGCUUAUGAUUGUGCGCACCGAGAAAUCCUCCACCACAGGGAAAUCUGACAUGCUGUUUGAUGUUGGACUAUCCAUGUGGGCCCCUCUUUCUGACAAACAAAAAAGCAUCAAUAUAUUACAAAGAAACACAAAGAAACCUGCAAGACAUCAGCUCGACAAGAUGAUUGGCAUGUAUUUCAGUCACAUUCAUUUGAUCCUGCCCAUCGUCAACAAGACCAAGUUUCUCGAGCAGUAUCACAAUUCACCCUCUGUUGGCCCUCCUUCCAUUUUGAUGCAGGCUGUACUGGCUUUGACGUUCAGAUUUGCUGGUCAAAGAUUACCUGAUCUAGUUAAAGAUGCCAACGAGUUUGCCGAUAUCUAUUUCCGCAAAGUCAUGAAACGACUUAGGGAUUCAGUCAAAUCGAGGCUCUGCCAUGUUCAAGCGGCUCUUUUAAUGGCUCUUUAUUUGGAUAUGGAUGAUGGCGAUGUUGAGUCUGCUCAAUGGUGCACUGUUGGCUCUGCUAUUCGCAUGGCUCAAGAUUUGGGCUUGCAUCGUUCCUGUGCUAAAUGGAAUCUGCCUCGCUCCGAGAUCGAGACCCGCCAUCGCGUAUUUUACGCCUGUUAUGUCAUGGAUCGUUGGCUUGGUGCUCGUGCUGGAAAGCCUCUCACCAUACUCGAUAGAGAUUUUGAUACUGACAUGCCCUCUCCUUACGAGAUUACAGACGACAGCGCAGAUACCAACCUCGGUGCACCUAUCUAUCGUAGUUUCAUCGCCUUGAUCAAGCUAUCAGAAAUAUUAGGCAGAGUGCUGAAAGCCCUUUAUGCGCCUAAUGCAAAGAUUGCCAAUACAAAUGCUGGCCUUGAUGAUCCAACAAUACUCGCUGUAUUUGAGAGACGACUGCUCAACUGGAAGAACUCGCUGGAAGAACCUUUGGAUGGCACCUACUUUUCAAAGCUUGAUAAACAAAACUUGCAAAUAUUCUACUACGUCGUAGUGUUGCUCUUACAUAGACCCUUCAAUCAGCUAUCCAUCGAAAAGUAUCCCAGCUUAAAGCCAAUUGUCGCUGCUUCCGAGAAGGCGUGCACUGAUGCCGCCAACGCCAUCUCUAACAUAGUGAAUCAACGACAAUACCAAACAUCUGAUCCAGCUUAUUACUAUGUUUUGUGCGCUCCAUCAUGCUAUGUGUACGCAUUGUUCCAGUCUUCGCUGGUCUAUCUAUCCAAUUCUCUACGUACAAGAAGCCCGCAAGACAUCCAAGGCUUUCACCAAUCGAUUAGUUUGCUAAAAACGACAGAGAAUUCAGGCCCUGUUCCUCGUGCUGUCGAAAUACUCAACAUGCUGGCUUCCAUCAAUGGAUUAUAUGUAGGACAUGACACCAUUUCUACUGUCAGUAGCAAAUCAAACUCAAUGAGCGAGGAGUCGUCCAACUUCACCGCUACCGCAAUGACUUCAGCCUCAAGCAACACCAUUUCACCCAUCGUAACACCACCCAUCUACGCCAACAAUGCCUACAUGGAACAUCCCGCUCGUGAACCAGCUCGGUCCAACUAUAUGCAACACAAAUUGAUGAAUACUAGCAUCAUUGGAGGUAUCACACCUGAUAUUCAACAAGAUUUAGACAUUGUAAUGUCACCUUCCUGUGGACAUGAACACCUACAAUACAAGCUAAAUAGAGAGCCAAAGACAUUAGAUCAUCGCCAUCACCUUCCAAUACCACCACCAGAGCAUCCUCAUCAACAGCAACACCAGGCCAAUUGCUAUGUGCCUCAGCCUUAUCCUGUCUAUAAUCAUCAGCAUACAGCUUCCACCCUCUCUCAUCAACGCUCCUUCUCGCUGGAUCAGCUCCAGUCUUCUACACACUACUCUCAUACAAGAUCCAUCUCGCACGAUUUUCAUACCACUCAUUCAAUGCACUCCUCUGUGAGUAACACACCAGCAUCUUCAGAACCACCUUCCGUCCCAACACCGCUUGCCAUGAAUGUGAAUAGCAUGCUCUCUGAUUGUUAUACUCCCCAAAGCAACCACAGCAACAGCAAUACAAGCAUGAACCCCAUGAUAAACACAUACCGCUCUUUACCUCAGGCACCACAGGCUUACACUGCUGCUUACGACCCUAAUAUGAAUGUAUCCAACUCGACAUUACCUCCGGCCAGCCUCAAUUGGUCAGACUGGGAUGUGUACCUUGGUCAUCAGAAUCAACAUUCGUCGGGGCAGCAGCAAUCGCACCAACAACAAUCACAUCAGUUAACUUCAUCCCCUUCUCAGCAUAUACAUUAUUCUUGA